AUGAAGAAAAAUAAAAAAUAAAAGGAUUGCAAAAGCAAAAGGACGUGGCGGUGAGCAAAGUAGUGGGUGGAUUUAGUUCAUUACUUUAAGCAAUAUUUAUGAUGCCAAAGCAAAAGGAAAGUAAAGGAAAAGAAAAGAAACUAAAAGCUCACAUUCCAUCGUCAUUGCCACUAUUGUUGGGCAUGCACCAAGUUAAGCUUAAAUAAGCUUUCAUACAUUUAUUCCACCACUCCCAACUCUGCUUCCCAUUUUCAUUUGUAUGUCCACAAACAAAGACAAACGAAACAGGUUGAUUCAGCUCCAACUUCUCUGCCAUGCCACCUACUUUGGCUCUCUCAGUGCUCCUUCUGGCGGCCAUGGCUGGCCACUCAAGUGGGACGUGGUGCGUUUGCAAGGACGGGGUGGGCGACACGACGCUGCAGAAGGCGCUGGACUAUGCGUGCGGGGCGGGGGCUGACUGCAACCCUAUUCGCCAAAAUGCAGCUUGUUUCCUUCCAAACACUGUCAGGGCUCACUGUUCUUAUGCUGUUAAUAGCUACUUUCAAAAGAAGGGCCAAACUCAAGGCUCUUGUGAUUUUGGUGGUGUUGCUACCAUCUCCACAACCGACCCUAGCGCUUCUGGCUGUUCCUACCCUUCAACCGCCGGUGGCGGCGGCGGAUCCACUCCGGUGACCAUGACUCCGACACCACCGGGGGCAACAACAGUACCCGGAAUGACGUCACCUGUCGCAAGGUCACCACCAACUACCACUACUACAAAUCCCCUUCCCAACACUGCAUCACCCACGGGGGUUUUGGGCGGCGCUGGCACCGGUGUCAGCCCCACCGGAGCCGGAACCACCACUACUGACGAGAGCGACGGCGGUUUCCGACUCCAACGUCACAUAGUCUUCUCUCUCUCAACCGUCUUCUUAUUUAGCUUCAUGGUUUGGUGGGACUAAAUAAAUGGAAGUACUUUAUUUAGCUAGUUUGUAAGAGAGUUGUAAGAGCUUAUGGUUUGUUUCUUCUGCUUUGGAUGUGGUUAGUAGUUGAUUAAUUAUCAUUUAAGCAGCCUUCUUAUAAGGCCUUGGAUUUCCAUUUUCCUUCACAUAUAUUAAUAUAUUAUAUAAUAUAUCCAAGAUUAA